GUACAAAAGAACAGUUAACAAAAGAAAAUGAAGAGUGGAAGCAAAAGAGCAGUUCAUUGGAGGAGCAGAAGACUGAAUUGGAGGUGCGAAUGAGUGCACUCAAAUCCCAGUAUGAAGGUCGAAUCUGCCGUCUAGAAAGAGAGCUUAGAGAGCAGCAGGAGCGACACCACGAACAGCGAGACGAGCCGCCAGAGUCUACAAACAAGGUCCCAGAACAGCAGAGACAAAUCUCACUCAAGUCUACUCCAGCUUCAGGUGAAAGAGGAAUUGCAAGCACUUCCGAUCCGCCAACAGCAAACAUUAAACCAACUCCUGUUGUGUCAACUCCAAGUAAAGUGAGUGCUGCUGCAAUAGCUGGGAAUAAGUCUACUCCAAGAGCCAGUAUCCGUCCAAUGGUUACUCCUGCUACAGUCACUAAUCCUACCACUACUCCAACAGCCACAGUUAUGCCCACGACACAAGUGGAGACUCAGGAAGCUAUGCAGUCAGAAGGACCUGUGGAGCACGUUCCAGUCUUUGGAAGCACUAGUGGGUCUGUGCGUUCCACCAGUCCUAAUGUUCAGACAUCUCUCUCUCAGCCCAUCCUGACUGUUCAGCAGCAGACUCAAGCGACUGCUUUUGUGCAGCCCACUCAGCAAAGUCAUCCUCAGAUUGAGCCCGCUAAUCAGGAGCCAUCCCCUGCCAUUGUAGAAGUUGUACAGAGCUCUCAAAUAGAGAGGCCCUCCACUUCUACAGCAGUGUUUGGCACAGUUUCAGCUACCCCAAGUUCUUCUCUAUCUAAACGUCCACGAGAGGAAGAGGAGGACAACACUGUGGAAAACUCAGACCAAAUUUCAGAGGAAACAGUGGACGUACCUCUUCCAAAGAAACUGAGAAGCAUACAGAGAGUUGGACCUGAGGAGGAAGUGACAGCAGAAGAGAGCACUGAUGGUGAGGUAGAAGCUCAAACAUACAAUCAGGACUCACAGGACUCAAUUGGAGAAGGUGUUACACAGGGAGAGUACACUCCCAUGGAGGAUAGUGAAGAAACUUCCCAGUCUAUCCCAAUAGAUCUUGGGCCUCUUCAGUCAGAUCAACAAAACACUUCUUCAUCUCAGGAUGGUCAGUCCAAAAGAGAUGAUGUCAUUGUAAUUGAUAGUGAUGAUGAAGAUGAUGAUGAUGAAGAAAAUGAAGGGGAGCAGGAAGACUAUGAGGACGAGGAAGAGGAAGAUGAGGAUGAUGACGAAGACACGGGGAUGGGAGACGAAGGUGAUGACAGUAAUGAGGGAACUGGUAGUGCUGAUGGUAAUGAUGGAUAUGAAGCAGAUGAUGCUGAGGGUGCUGAUGGUACAGAUCCUGGAACAGAAACUGAGGAAAGCAUGGGAGGAGGUGAAAGCAACCAGAGGGCAGCAGAUUCUCAAAACAGUGGAGAAGGGAGCACAAGUGCUGCAGAGUCCACUUUUCCUCAUGAGAGUUCAAGAGAACAGCAGCCAUCAUCUGCCUCAGAGCGACAGGCCCCUCGCCCCCCACAGUCACCACGCAGACCACCGCAUCCGCUGCCCCCAAGACUGACUAUUCAUGCUCCUCCUCAAGAACUGGGUCCCCCAGUACAGAGAAUCCAGAUGACUCGAAGACAAUCAGUGGGGCGUGGACUUCAGCUAACUCCUGGUAUAGGUGGGAUGCAGCAACACUUCUUUGAUGAUGAGGACAGAACAGUUCCAAGCACACCAACUCUUGUAGUUCCACAUCGUACAGAUGGGUUUGCAGAAGCCAUUCAUUCCCCCCAGGUAGCUGGAGUUCCUAGAUUUAGAUUUGGACCCCCUGAAGAUAUGCCACAAACUAGCUCAAGUCACUCUGAUCUUGGUCAGCUUGCAUCACAAGGAGGUUUAGGAAUGUAUGAAACCCCACUGUUCCUUGCUCAUGAGGAAGAAUCAGGGGGUCGUAGCGUUCCCACAACACCAUUACAAGUAGCAGCACCAGUGACAGUUUUUACUGAAAGUGCAUCAGCUGACGCUUCAGAGCAUGCAUCUCAGUCUGUUCCGAUGGUUACGACAUCUACUGGCAAUCUGUCCACCACUACGGAGGCUGGAGCGGGUGAUGAUGGAGAUGAAGUUUUUGCAGAGGCAGAAUCUGAAGGAAUUACUUCAGAAGCAGGUCUAGAAAUUGAUAGCCAGCAAGAAGAAGAAUCAGUUCAAGCAUCUGAUGAGUCAGAUCUUCCUUCGACUAGUCAAGAUCCUCCUUCUAGUUCAUCUGCAGACACAAGCAGUAAUCAGCCCAAGCCAUUUCGGCGUGUCAGACUUCAGCCCCCGACACUGAGAACUGGUGUUCGUGGUCGUCAGUUCAACAGACAGAGGGGUGUAACUCAUGCAAUGGGAGGCAGAGGCGGCCUGAACAGAGGAAAUAUUAGUUAAAUGAUCUGUGAAGUCAUUACAGCUGUGUAUACAAAAAUGCCAGUUUGCCUGUGGUUGCUUUAGUGUAAUGAAGCCAGAGCUUAAAGCAGCAUUUUUUACUUAGAUUUGUGUGCACACAUUUCAGUGUCUUUAUUAAUAAAAUUAGACAAAAUGUCAGUAUUCAAAUGGCAUCUUUUGUUAACAUCUUCUGCUGUGCAUCACUU